AUGGAGGCUCUCAACGAUGCAGCAGCUGUCCUGAUGUUCGACCCGCAGGUCUUCUGCACCACCAACAGGAAGCUGCAGAUUCUUCAUCCAGACUCCUGCGACGAUUUCGAAUCACCCAACGUUCUUGACGUUUUCAGCUGGUGGUUACAGAAUGCUUCGGGAGCGAAACUAGCAGUCACCGAUGGAAUCGAAGACACGCUGUACCAUCCAGAUUCAUGCCAACCUUUUCAAAAGUUCUCCAAGAUCGACGAAGGUCGAUUUCUUGGAGCUAUACUUCACAACAGCAACGACAACAAUCGACCAGCUUCCGAUUGGUAUGGUAAGAAGGAUCGCACGUCAGACCUCUCAGCUGCUUUUUGGGCCAAGAGUCCGGCCGAGCUUGCGACUGAUACACCUAGGACUGAACCGAUUCUUCGAGUCGGCAGGGGGCAUGUAAAACGCGACGGAGGCGGUCAAAAGAAGCACAAGAGCGAAAACGAGAAGAUACUGCAGGUUGUUGUUGCUUCAUCCUUGUGGUGA